AUGACAGAUCCAACAGAACAUCCAUCUGAUACAACCACGACAAAUAUUGAAUCAAAAGCGUCUAUUAAUCCAACCACCAUCAUUAACGAAAUAACAAUGAGCGACCUCGACAACAAAAAUAAUAAUAAUUCUGCCAAUGAAGAUCAACAAGCCACCACCCUAUUCUCAGAGAUCACUCGUCCAGACCCAUUACCAACCGACCUUUUCCAAUCUAGCCUAGCUCAGUCUAAACUACCGAUAUCCUCUACCAUCCCAAUCCAAGCCAACCAUCUCAAACCAUCUCAAGCUAUGCAAUUAGCCAAUCCAAACCAACCAUCUCAAACCAUCUCAUGCUAA